AUUGCAGAUCUACACAGACUGGGCCAACCACUUUUUAGAGAAGGCUGGGAACACCAACGUUAUCGCCGAUCUCCAGGUCGAUAUCGCCAAUGGAGUUCUUUUGUCCCAUGUCAUCGAUGCUGUCACUAAUGAGAAAGUCGCUGGGAUCAAUCCUACACCCAGGACUACUAGUCAGAUGAUAGAGAAUAUUGAGAAAUGUUUAGGAUGUCUAAACUCAAAAGGAGUAGCAACUGAUGGUCUUUUAGCAAGAGAUCUACAUCAAGGCAACCUCAAGUCCGUCUUGGGACUAUUCUUCUCCUUAUCCCGCUACAAACAGCUCCUUCAGCAGGAGGAUCAAGAGAGGCGCAAGAAAGCCGCCGCAGGAGGCGGGAAAACGGUUGCCCAGCAACGAGCGCAGAAUGCGAAACAUGCUCAGCCUCCUCCACCUCCUCGUCCCAACGGCCAUUCCAAGCCAUCACCAGCCCAACUGAAAGCAACAGGUGCCCGUCUUGCCGUCCGUCCUCAGGCCACUGUCAACGGAACUCACCUAUCCGUUGGUCAGCCAUCAACGAACAACUCAUCGGCCACCUCAAACCCGGUGGCCUCAAGCUCGACCAGAACUCCAGUGCGUGCUUUGCCCAGUGGAACAAACCGAGCCAAUGGGAACAACAACAACAUAGCAGGACAAGUUGCCCCAAGGAUCAAUGGCUCGUAUCAAGGACUCAACAAGUCUUCACAGAACUUGACAAACGGUGUUCAGAAACAGACUGAACGACAAGCCCACAGUGGGAAUAGUAACGGAGUAACGCAACAGGCAAAGGUUGCCCCAAAUCAGUCAACAAGACGUGCCACGCAGAACGGGGCAAGUAAAGGUCGAGACACUCAGAAUCAAGGGAGAGCGGCGCAGAGUUCAGGUAGGGCAGCCUCGCGGUCACAGUCGCCCCCUUCGCAUGUUCUGUUGAACGGGUCUAGCAAUCCAAGCAGAGGUCGUGCCACGCAAGGACAGGCGUCGCAGGAAAGGGAAGCGACCCGUAGCACCAAUACGCAGAAAUCUGGACGGGCCACACCGAAUCCACAAACAUCGGGCCGGGCCACACCAAAUCCACAAUCAUCAGGACGUUCCACUCCUAACCCUCAGACACAGCUCGGACAAAGUGCCCUCAGCGGAUCUCGUAGCACUGUAAGUGUCGAGCAACGGCGAACAACAGGGCAAGUCCCGAAGCAGCGUUCGCUCUCGCCCACUGAAAGAGUUCCUUCAAAAUCCACCAACCUUAGCACAGUCAGUAGCUCCAGCAGUCACGGGGCAAGGAGUCAGAGCGGAGCUAGCAGCUCCGGCUAUCAUCAUUCUUCAGGGCGAUCGUCCGGCGGGUCAGUGACCAGCAUGCCAAAGCCCCAGACACGGUCCGGCCAUGGGGGUACAAGCACUGCUGGGGUCGUACGGCGGCAGCCUCCGGCUGGCUCGUCAUCUCAAAACUCAGGCAAUGUUCGUAGGAAAGGUUCAAGCAGUGCCCGGAGCUCCUCUUCCGAUAUGGGCUCUAGAAUCCCCACCCCGAACAGCCGCGGCGGCGCCCCCGGGGGUGGGGGCAUCAAGGCUCCCGGGCAGCGAAAUUCCAUCGGCGCUUCAAUCGGCAACGAUAGGAGUAGAGGCCCCUCACCUGUUCCUAAUUCAUAUGGUGCAGCUCCCGCAUCCAAAAAGACAUCAUCAUCAGCAGCUCAGGGACACCAGUCUUCAUCAGGCAUCUCAUCUACCUCAUCUUCCUCCAAUAUCAAGCCUCCGGGUUCCGGUCUAGCCGCACCCCGCUCCCAGAACAGAAGUCCCUCCCCCGGCAUGGCAGCUAAAUCCGGAUCGAAGCUAGAAGCAUCGAAGAGCAAGGCACGGUCGAGUUCUGUCCCAGCUGGCCAGAAGGGAAUUCCUACCCCGAAGAGCGGUGGUGGGGCUGGGGGCACAGGCAAGCCCCCUCCUGCAGCUCCACCUGGUGGUGGUGGUGCCGGUGGUGGAGGAGGAGGAGACAAGACAGGGUCAAAGAUACCCCCUGCGAACAAUGGGAAAGGCUCGAUGCUGACAAAGCUGAAGAUAUUUGGGAAAGAUGGAAAGGGACCUCCACCAGCUGCGAAGGAGAAGGAAGUUGAAAAGCCCAAAGAGGCAGUUGCCAAGACUAAGCCUGCACCUGGGAAGUCAUCUAUCGCAAAACCUGUUCCCCCGAAGAGGGACUCAUCUGCAGGUAGGCAGGCUGCACCUGCUAAGAAACCAGCCGCAAAGGAAUCAAAGUUGCCUCCACCGAGUAAGGUCGAGAAGAAGCCCAAAGUAGAGGAACCUGUGCCAGAAAGCCUAGAAUCUCAAGUUGAAAUAGAAAGAACAAACUCUAACGGAGCUGUAUCCCCUGGACUAACGUUGGGUUCAAGCAGCCCCAAGAAUGCUUUGAAGGCUGUAGCUCAAAAGACAAUCGGAAGAGCCUUUGGUGGGGCCAAACCAAGGACUUCCCCUAAAUUAGGUCAUAAGGAAUAUGUGCAAUCUGAUCUGACCAACGGUGACUUGAGCGAUGAUGGCUCCAGGUUGCCGAUGGCAGAAAGCAAGCUGAAAUCAAAAUUGCCAAUACAUAGCGGAGAAGGUGAUGGAAGUGUCCGAAGUGAUAUAUUGGAAAGUGGAAAAGUGAGCGGACUUAAAAUGCCAUCGAGUAAGUUGAGCACGAGUAAAGUUAAACCCGUGCAGACAGUCACGAGCCAGCAGCACGGUGGACCUGGCAGUGGUUCACAGAUUCCAAGUUCAAGGGGGAUUCCCAAGCCAGGUGGUACACAGAGAUCAGGAAUCAAGGCCCCUGGUUCUAUUGCUGCAAAGAAACCAGAGUCCACGACAAGCGGUGAGAAAGAGAGUGAGGAGAAAGUGACUUAUACUCGAGGUGGUGCGUACAGUCCCGUGCCACCAAAGCCUCCUAUACAGACUGAACCAGUACCUAUAUUAGAUAGUGAGAAACCCGUUGCAGAACCUACUAAAUCUCCCGUAGUCAAGACACCAUCGUCAGGUGGACGUAACUCCAUCACCACAUCGCCUAGUCAUAACCGCUCACCAGCCAAUACAGCAACGGUGGCGCCGUUCAACUAUACAGGAAGUCGGCCACCCUCCAAGGACUGCAGUGAUACAAUAAGCAUUGCUGCUUCAAAUGAAACGGACUCUGUCAACAGCACACCGAUCCACAGUCAGAUCAGUAUCUCAUCAACCACAAGUCAGUCCUCGGAGAACAGUGUCAUCUUCCAGCCAAAGAUGGAGGAAGACUUCUGCACCACCGUCUACAAGAACGACAAGGCAGUCACAACCUUUGGUACGCCCAAGCAACAGCCUCGUGUCCUCAAGUCGAUCCCGGAUGUUCAGAACUCGAGUGAUUACAACGUGACGGUGAUGAACUCGCAGGUCGCUGCCAGGCCCUCGCCGGCGACGAACCGUGCGACCAAAGAGACGACAUUUGGUGAUAGCAUCACGACUCAGCUGAAGGAACCUGCGCAAGAGGUGAGGCACUCCCCAGAGGUGCCGCAUGCUCAGCGUAGCUCCAGCUUGACUCGCAGAGGCUCAUUAGGAUCGACCUCAAAGCUCGGGAACAUGUCGACUGUUGCUGUAUCAAUACCUACUGACUCUACCAAUGACAGUAACGUCAUGACAACCAAAUCUGAUGGCAGUUACCAGCCCCUGCUAAGUAAGGUCUAUCUCAAUUCGAUGAAACGGACCUUCUCAAAUCGUUCCCACCUCAACGACCUCCAGUUCACCGACCAAACCUUGAUCGACGAUUGCAACGACUAUGUCAGCGAGGAUAUCGCCAGUGGCUACGUGAGCGAUGGCGAUAUUUUGCAUCGCUCCGCCGGCCUUGGUGAUAUCGGAAGCGGUUACAUGAGUGAGGGAGGAGGCACGCUGUAUGCAAGGCGCAUCGGGAUGUCAUUCAGAGUGCAUGAUGGGAUGGCUGCUGUACGAGAAUACCUCUCAAAAUCCAUGGAUCUCAGUGAUGAGGGAAGGUAAGGAAUCAAAUUGUUAUGUUUUCUUGUUUGUGGUUUAAUAUAUCUAGUUGUCUGUGUUGUAUUUUGUAACUGUUUAAGUUUGUUUAGCUGUAUAACAUAGUCACAACAGUCAUGCACCAGCACACAUUUUUAGCUACCUUUAGAAUUGUCUGACCAGAAAAGGUUUCUGAUGACACAACGGCCUUGAUUAGCGUAAAUCUCAUGAUUAAUCCUUGCGUGCUGAUAUUGCAAUUGUGCACAUUCGUACAAUUAAAUUCAACAAGCGUAAUAAUUAGGUUCUCCCCUACCUUCAAAUUAGAUAAGCUAAUAAAAUGCAAUAUUUCUUGGAUGAUAUCUAUAAAGUAAUAAGUAUCAAUGCUGCAAUAUGGAUAUAUAUAUUCAAGAAAAUAAAAUGAGAACAGUGGUCAUUAUCAUCCUCCCAAAAUUAAUUCAGCAUGCAAAUAGUUAAUGAUCACUUGGUAUCAUUGGUACAUAUGCAUGUACCAACCAUAGGAACUUGAAUUUUAAUCAUCAACAGUUUCUGACUGGUUCCUGUAGACAAUGGGUUUCAAUUUCAUUUAUUUCAUUUUCAUAUUUCUCUUUUGAAAAUUGUUUUAUAUAAAAAGAAAGCAACAGCGUAGUAGAACAUGCAGUAUAUAAAAGACAGAUAUGUGAAAUGUAUGCAAGUAAUAUGAUAAAAUCAUUCAAGUAAUAAUAUCAAGAAAUA